AUAGCGACGGAGGGCGCGCCGAAGGAAGAUGGCGGUGCUGGCUCGUCAGUUGCUGCCGGCUUCGUGAGCGCCGCGCUCGCUCUUCCCCCUGUUUCGUCCUCGCUCCUGCACCCAGCUCCUCCCGGCUGCUCUCAGCCUCUUCUGUCUCGCCGGGGCCGUAGAGAUCAUGUCGGACUCGGAGGAGGAGGAGAGUCCGGACCACCAGCUCAAGCUGGUGGUGCUGGGGGACGGCACCACUGGCAAGACAUCCUUAGCUACACGUUUUGCUCAAGAAACUUUUGGAAAACAGUACAAACAAACCAUAGGACUGGACUUCUUCUUGAGAAGGAUAUUAUUGCCAGGAAAUUUGAAUGUUACUCUUCAAGUGUGGGAUGUAGGGGGACAAACAAUAGGAGGCAAAAUGCUGGAUAAAUAUAUUUAUGGAGCUCAGGGUAUUCUUCUGGUUUAUGAUAUUACCAAUGGCCAGAGUUUUGAAAAUUUGGAAGACUGGUAUAAUGUGGUAAAAAAAGUGAGUGAAGAAUCAGAAAGACAGCCACUUGUGGCCUUGGUUGGAAAUAAAAUUGACUUGGAGCAUAUUCGCACAGUGAAAGCUGACAAACACCAGCGAUUUUGUCAGGAAAACAAUCUCAGUAGCCAUUUUGUGUCAGCCAAGACAGGAGAUUCUGUCUUCCUGUGUUUUCAGAGAAUUGCUGCUGACAUACUCGGCAUCAAGUUAAACAAAGCAGAAUUGGAACAAUCACAGAGGGUGGUGAAGGCAGAUAUUGUCAACUACAGCCAGGAGCCCGUGACCAGAACAGUUAAUCCUCCCAGAAGCUCAAUGUGUGCAGUUCAGUGACCAUGCUGCUCUCCUCUGGUUUGAUACCUCUGCAGUCCUGCCUUGAAACAGGCUCUGGGAUCACCAGGAGCUUUGCUUUACAGGGACCAGUGCAACAAUGCAAUUAGCGGUUUCAGAAACAUGUUGCACCAUUGUCCAUUCAGAAGCAGCAGGCAGUUCUUUGGCUGAAAUUCAAACAUGAGAUCACACACUUGAAAAAUUAAGGUCUAUAUUCUUUUAAAUUAUAUUUAAAUGAAACUGUAUAACUGUGUUUAUGUUUCCUCUUCUCUAUUUGACUGAUACCAGAAUAAAAAUGGAUGAGGAAGCCCUGCAUUCAAAAUGCUUUUAAAGACAUCACCAUGAAAGGGUAUUUUGCCAAAGCAUUUUAAAUUUUUUUUCUCCAGUUGUUUGAACUAAUACUCAGCAAAAUGUUACUUGGAAUAAUUAUUGGAAUAAUUUUAAAUGCAUAAUAUAUAUUUUAUCUAGGGAUAAUUUUGAAAGUGUUCCAUUAAUUUAUACACACUUAGCACAAAAUGUAUAAAUUGUAUCCAGUGAGAAACAGUCUUGAAAUAAAGCUGUUAUAAAAAUAGUUACUUUUCUGAAGUCUCACAUUGCCUCCAUGGAUGCUCUAAAAAUGCUAGUGUUUUUGUGUAUUUUUAUUACCACAUCAGCAUUAUUUCUUGCAAUAAUAGAUAGGCUUAUAUGUCUUUAUUAAUAUGGAUGAAUCUCAGUUUACAGUUUGGUCUGUAAAUGAUGAGUGAUAUAUUCAACAUGCAGUAGAAGCUGUUGAUAGAUCAAUUAGCAUCAGUUACUUUAAAUAUCUAACAGAAUGACUUUUGGCCUUGUACUCUUUUCUUUUGAAUUUGGAGUAAAUAACAAAUAAAAAGCUGUGUGCUCAG